ACUCAUUCGUUAGUUUGAACUCAACACGGAUAACCGAGCAACAUGCUUAAAUACGUGACAAUGGUAUGUCUGUUGGCCGCGCUUUGUUCAGCGGCGCCGCAGCAAGACGUACAAAUACUGCGGUUCGACAACGACGUCAAUGUGGACGGAUACAGUUUUGCAUAUGAAACCAGCGAUGGUACAUCGAGACAGGAGGAAGGCAAACUAGACAACCCGCAAUCUGAAAACGCCGCCCUUACAGUCACCGGUCAAUACGCAUUCGUUGCCCCUGACGGCAAACACUACACUGUCACAUUCACCGCUGGACCUAACGGCUACCAACCCAAGACGUCACUCGGACAAAAGAAAUAGACAUAAGAAGCCGGCACUUUCAGCCAAUUGUAUAUAUCCGUUUAAUUACAAAUGAAAAAAAAAUGUUAAGGUUUCCACCGCAGUAAUAUUUGUCAUCCUUCAUAUUUCGGAAACCCACAGUAAUGAAAUAACUCGAAUUAAGCUCUCGAUCUCAGUUAUUUCUAAAUAACAUUGAGCACAGUAUCGGGGUUGUAACAUCUAAAUUGUGCCAUAAUGAUUUUCUACUUUUAUAUCUACGCUUUUUAAAUAAAAGAUUAAUUAAACAUUGUA